UAUUGUAUCACAAAUAUUGGUUGCAUAGCAUUCGUUCCUACGAACAUGCCUUUAUUUAGUAAUAAAUUUUCACCAAAAUCAAUACCAGUGAGAAAGCAAGACACGUCUAUUUUAAGAAACGAAUUCGGAAGCGAUUACGCUUCAAAAGAGCUAUCAAUUGAUAUUCAACCCCUCAAAGUAAAAUUAGGAGACUUCGAAAUUUCUUUUCAAGAAGGUCAAUGGAUACCAGCCUCCGGAAAGGCUGGUGCGGCACAUAAAGAAAAUAUUCGUCUAAAAAAGGAAUUAGAGCAAUUAGAGGAAGAAAAUAACAUGCUACGUCUAAAGUUCGAGGUUUUGUUGGAUAUGAUGACGGACAAAACUGUCGAAGCAGAGAAACAGGCUGAAAUACAAAGGUCGCAAAGCUUGGGUUCAUUGAAACAGAAAAGUAAAAAGUACAAAUGGUAAUAGAUUCUAGAAUCUAGCAGAUGUUUGUUUUAAUGAAAAUGCAGGCACAGGACUUAUACAUUAUGCCACGUCAUAGGUUGUAAUGUACUUGAGUAAUCCUUAUAAUAUAAAUAUUACUUUAGACGUCUAAAUGUUUUAUAAUGCGCAUUAUUGCGAUUCAUUUAUUAAGGCUAACAGAUGGAAAACGAAGCUGUGAAAAAAAUCAAUUGAGUCAUAGACGGGACAUUUCGUCUGCAAUAAUAAUAUAUAUGUUUUAAAUUAUCUUUUAUUUUGUGUGUAAAAUAUUUUAUUUCUUCAUCUAGUCUAUAAGAAUAGUAGGUAAGUAAGUAAAUAAAACGAAAAUAUAAA